UUUAUUUGGUCAAAAAUUUAUGCGGACUAAUAAAAAAUGACCACUUGUUUAAUGAUAUUCCAUGUCAUAUUUCUUUUUAUUAAGGGACAUUUUUUAACCUAAAGAAAACGAUAAGGGCAUUUUUAUUCCAAUAGGUGGAAGGAUGACAUUUUUGAGCCUUUUCGUUCAGACUUAUCUUGGUCUUUCCGCUUUGAACCAACUAGGCUGUUUUUUUUUUCCUUGAACCAAUUUAGCUGUUUGACUAUUGAUUCUGAAUCUGGAAAAUGAAAUGUAUAAAUAAAGCACCCCAUUGCUUCUUUUGCUUUAUCUGCUUGUAACAUCUAUGAUAUCAAAUUCCUUAUCCAUAUUCUUCUAGCCAUGAAAAGUUUCAAAUUUUUCUAUCUUUUUCCUUUUUUAGUUCUUUCAUUUCUUAUCUUGUCCAUCCCGUUGACAACAGCAAGAAUCCUGUUUAGAGGGGAUUCUUUUUCAGUUAAAGAUGAUUCAAAUUUCAUUACUUCGCCACAAAACACAUUCACUUGUGGAUUUUAUCCUAUUGGCAGUACUAAUGCUUAUUACUUUGGCAUUUGGUACAGAAAUUCAAGGGACAAAACUGUUGUCUGGAAUGCCAAACAAGAGAGGCCUGUCAAUCUCCAAGGCUCAAAGCUAACACUAAGAAAAAUUGGAGCUUUGGUAUUAACCGAUGUUGAUCACACAAUUGUCUGGCAAACAAACACAACAUCAUUUGAUAUCGAAAGAGCUGAGGUUCUUGAAACAGGCAACCUAGUUUUGAGAAAUCCACAAGGUGAUAUUUUGUGGCAAAGUUUUGAUUUUCCUACUGAUACUUUACUGCCUCACCAAUUAUUCACCAAGAAUCAUAGAUUGGUACCUCCUUUGAGAAAAGGCAGUUUGUCACCUGGAUAUUUUAUUUUGUAUUUUGAUAGUGAUAAUGUUUUGAAGAUGAUCUAUGAUGGUCCUCAAGUUUCAAGCAUAUAUUGGCCAAAUCCUGAUAGGGAUGUGUAUGGGAAUGGUAGAACUAGCCAGAAUAGUUGUAGAGUUGCUUAUUUUGAUGGAAUGGGUAGAUUUUUCUCAAGUGAUAAUCUGCAAUUCAAUGUUUCUGACAUGGGGUUUGGGAUUUUAAGAAGGAUGACUAUAGACACUGAUGGGAAUUUGAGAAUCUAUAGUUUGGAUAACUCGACAGGGUUAUGGAAGAUUUCUUGGCAAGCUGUUGCACAGCCUUGUGUUGUGCAUGGAAUAUGUGGAAGAUUUUCGAUUUGUACUUAUGUAACGGACCCUAAAUGUACAUGUCCUCCUGGACAUCAGAUGUUUAAUGCAAGUGAUUGGAGCCAAGGUUGCAGGCCAGUGUUCAGUUCAAGAAGUUUGAUUAAUCCUAAACAUGUCAAGUUUGUGGAGGUUCCUAAUGUUGAUUACUGGGGUUUUGAUCUCAACUACAGCCGUCCUUUUUCACUGGAAUCCUGCAGGACAUUGUGCUUGGAGGAUCCCAGUUGUCGUGCAUUUGUUUACAGGCUAAAUGGGGAGGGGACAUGCUAUACUAAACGUACCCUUUUCAAUGGAUAUCAGUCUCCUGGUUUUCCUGGAAGUGUAUUCUUGAAAGUCCCUAUGAAUCUAAAUGCUUCGGCAUCAGGCCUUUUGAUUCUUGAUGAAGGUACAAAAUGUGGAUCGAGUCCAGAAGACGUUCUUUUUGGCUCUCCUUCUAUGUAUGUAAUGGAUUUUAAGAAGAUGAAGUGGAUUUAUCUUUACGUGUUUUGUUCCACCCUUGGCGGAAUAGAGAUUUUGUAUUUCGUGUUAGGUUGGUGGGUGUUGUUUAGCAAACACGGGAUUCCUGCUUCCAUUGAGGAGGCAUAUAAAAUGGUGUCAUCGACUCAGUUCAGGAGGUUCACUUAUAGUGAACUUAAAAAAACAACAAAAAACUUCAAGGUUGAGCUAGGAAGAGGAGGUUCAGGGGCUGUUUACAAAGGUGUUUUAGCAGAUGGAAGAGCAGUAGCAGUCAAGAAACUUGCAAAUGAUCAGUUUCAAGAAGAAUUCUUUGCAGAAAUGGCCACCAUAGGAAGGAUCAACCAUAUGAAUUUGGUAAGAAUGUGGGGAUUUUGUUCUGAAAGGAGACAUCAGAUUUUGGUCUACGAAUACAUCGAGAACUCAUCACUCGACAGACAUCUUUUCAACACUGAUUUUCUUGGAUGGGAACAAAGGUUUGGAGUGGCAUUAGGGACAGCAAAAGGUCUUGCAUACCUUCAUCAUGAAUGCCUUGAAUGGGUGAUUCAUUGUGAUGUGAAGCCUGAAAAUUUACUUCUCGAUGGUGAACUCGAGCCCAAGAUUGCAGAUUUUGGACUUGCAAAGCUCUCCCAAAGAGGCGGCCCUGGUUCAUAUUUCACAAAGAUUUGCGGUACUAAAGGCUAUAUGGCUCCAGAAUGGGCUUUGAACCAACCUAUUACUGCAAAAGUUGAUGUUUAUGCCUUUGGGAUUGUAAUACUCGAGAUGGUCAAGGGAAGUAGGCUGUCAAGUUGGGUGGUGGAUGAUGGUGAAUGUGAUCACGAGCAAGAUUCACAGCUCGGAAAAUUUGAUAGGAUGGUGAAGAGGAAGAUUCAAAGUGGAGAACAUUCUUGGGUGGAGAAAAUAGUGGAUCCAAGAUUAGAGGGCAAAUUUAGCAAGAACCAGGCUGUUACAUUGAUUGAAAUAGGCCUUUCUUGUGUGGAGCAAGAUAGAAAUAAAAGGCCUACAAUGGCUGAAGUGGUCCAAACACUGCUGGAUUGUGAAGAUGAAACAACACUACUAACAUAAAUGUAAAGAGUGCUUGGUAUUUGGAAAGGAAAUUGAAUCAACCAUUUUGUUUUUACUGUUUGAAUGUAAUUGGUAUUUUCUUCAAGUGAAAAAUCACAAGCAAACUCUUAAUUUUUGUUA